GCGGUGGCGUUGUCCAGGCAACGGGGCCGCUGCCGUCGUAGCAGCAGCCGCAACCAGAGUCGCAGCCACAGCUUGUCUCCUGGACCGAAGCCGCGGCCAUGUCGCUGAGGACGCUGCCGUUGCUCGUCCUCAACCUGGGCGGGGAGAUGCUCUACAUCGUGGACCAGCGGCUGCGCGCGCAAAGCAUCCCGGGAGACAAGGCGCGCCAAGGUCUGGGAGGGGCCCCGCCUAUACCGCGCUCUCUCUCUCACCCCCCACACCCCUUUCCUCUCCGGCUACAACGCGGGGCGAGGGUGUCAUUUAACGGGGUGGGGGAGGGGGCUGGUGGGAUUGAGUUCCUCAUAACGACUAUUCGGGUUGGGAGGGGCGAGUGCCACGACGAGGGUGAAAGACACCCUGCCCGAAGCUGUGAGGACCAUUUUUUGGCAACGCGCAUCUGCUGCCAUUCCGAACAUGCGUCUCGUCCAGAUGUUUUGGACUUACGACCGAAUCGUGCUGGGCCCAAUGAGAGUUGUAGCCCCAAACAUCUGGAGGGCACCAAAUUAGGGAAGGCUCUGCACACCUUAGUGUGACAUAGUAUCUCGCCCACUUACGUCUUGGGUCUUUAUUAUCAUUAUUAUUAUUAAUUGAAUUUAUAUACCACCCUAUACCCGGAGGUCUCAUGGUGGUUCACACAAAAGAGCAACAUAAAAACCACAAUAUAUAAAAUCAAAAUAAAAACAAACCCCCCCAAAAAAGUGCCACAUUUUAAAAGGGCAGAGGAUGUCAAAUCAGAUCAACCAAAGGCCUGUUUAAAAAGGAACGUUUUUGCCUGGCGCCUAAAGGUGUAUAAUGAAGAGAGCAUUCCACAGGCAGGGAACCACUGCAGAAAGGGACAGUUUUCGUGUUGCCACCCUCCAGACCUCUCGAGGAGGGGUGUACAUUUCCGAAUACCUGUUGAGGUAGGCAAAUCAAGUCACCUGAUCAUGUGUGGUUAGAGCAGGGGUGGCCCUCCACUUGUCAGACUGCAAUCCCCAUUAGCUCCCACCAACAUGCCCAUUGGUCUGGGAUGAUGGGAGUUGUAGUCCUACAACAUCUGGAGGGCCACAGGUUCUCCAGCCAUGAGUCAGAGGGAGUUGAAAGGUGGCUGUUCUCCAACCAUCUCCCAGUGCAAAGCCAAGCUUUUAUUGUGAGUGUGUAGGGAGUCCCUUCUUUCCUAUUCACUGUAUAAAACAUCUCUCCAGUCUUGUUCCAAGAGCUGGGAGAAGGUCUUACCUUAAAAAACCCCCGAAGUAUGGGUGUUGGGGCUCUGUAACUAGAGAUCAUUCUCUACACAAUCCAUGAGCCAUUCAAGAAAUUGCUUCCUUGCACAAACUAACUUUCUCAAUUUCCAGAGCCUGGCAACUGUUAAUACCACACUCUCCUGAAUCCCCAUAUCAGACAAAUUCCUUGUAGCUUUAAUUUUGAACAUCAUUUCAAAAUCAUUUAUUUGAUGGCUCUUACAUGCUUUCAACGCAGGUGGCAUUGUGGUCUAAACCACAGAGCCUAGGGCUUGGCGAUCAGAAGGUCAGCGGUUCGAAUCCCCGCCAUGGGGUGAGCUCCCAUUUCUCACUCCCAGCUCCUGCCCACCUAGCAGUUCGAAAGCAUAUCAAAGUGCAAGUAGAUAAAUAGGUACUGCUCCGGCGGGAAGGUAAACGGUGUUUCCGUGCGCUGCUCUGGUUUGCCAGAAGCAGCUUAGUCAUGCUGGCCACAUGACCCAAAAGCUGUACGCUGGCUCCCUUCGGCCAAUAAAGUGAGAUGAGCGUCACAACCCCAGUUGUCCACGACUGGACCUAACAGUCAGGGGUCCCUUCACCUUUACCUUUACAUACCUUUAGUUGCAAGUAAAUUUUCUGGCCAGCCAAGGUGUGCUACCUAGAGCAGCUUUUCAGAGGAAUGUACUUCCCCCCUGUCACAGAUUACAACCUCCUGGGUGACUUACAAUAUUCUGACCAGGCAACUUUGUACAAUAAUAAAAUGAUGUUGAAUGUGAAACAGCCUUUAUAAAGUUCUGCCACCAUAUCUGAAUGACAACUUGUGCAGACAGUUUUAAGUUCUAUGUCUUAAAGUGACUGGUAACCUUGUUAGGAUCAACAUUUCUGAAGACAUUGCCACAUUAGAAGUACUUGGGAACAUUGAGAGGGGAGAAUAUUUCCACAUGGUGGAAUGCUGAAUGCUGGAAAUGUUUAGCAUUCUAAUGGAAUUCUCUAGAAAUAAGUCCUAUGCAGGAUUCCACAAUUUCCUUUGCCAUAGUAUGCCACUACCCAUUAGUGAACAUGUCGAGACCCUUCCCUCCCACUUGGAGCUGCAGUCAUGCUACACUUUGGAGUCCCUCGGAGCAUUUUGGAAGAACAGCAUAUUUUAUGGACAAUCCCCCCGCCAUUUCAAGGUUGGGGGGAAGGUUUGUCUGAUCUGCUUCCUAGGUACUUGAAGAAUAGCUUUGCUGCUUCUUGGGCAUGAGCAUAUAGGGCUAGCAUUGAAAGGUGAAUGUUGCUCCUGAUGUACAAGGUACCCGCAACUUACACAAAUUUAACUUAUGCACAUUCAGCUUUACACACUUGGGCGGAGGGUUACACACACUGAUUUUGACUUUAGGUGUGAUCCCUGGAACAUAACCCUCAUAUAAGUUGAGGGCAUGCUGUACUAGAAACAGACCAUUGAAAGGAAAUGUAAAAGAAAAAAUAAUAAUGUAAGUCAUGGUUGACAUUCAGAUGCAGGUGAACAGGACUAGAAAAAGAUUUCCAUUCUCUAGGCACCAGCAUCACAUCCUAUAGUAUACUAAUUCUACUGUAGAAAUGCUUAAAAUUCCAAGCUACUGAUACGCAUGUGUUUAAAUCUUGGGCUGGUAAAUAGCAUGAGUUCAAUUCGUCAUACAGCUUACUGGACAAGUGGCUGAACUCAAGAGGAAAGGUGGGAAACAAAUAUUGUUACGUUCUUGGUGAUCCAGCAUGCAUGUAUCAUAUUUUUUCUACCCUGCAGACUUAAGUAUGGGACAAUGGCUUUGUACAGAUUACAUUUGCUCAGAAGUAUUGGAGUUGCUCUAGCACAGUAACUCAUCUAUGUGGAUCUGACAAUGCUCGGCAGUCAGCACAGUCAUUUUGAGCAGUUAGUGCAAUUAAUUCUGUUGUAUCUCAUUUGUUUGAAGUGAAUGCUCCACAUCAAGGCUGUGCAGCUGUCGCAAAAUCUUUUCACCAGAUUUUAUGCUGGGAAAAUAAGCCUCUUUCCCCCACAAUGUGUGGAGUGAGAUUACAGAAGUGUCAUAGGUCCAUUUUUAUAAUGCCUGUAUAUCACCCCUACCCUCCACACAUUAUGGCUUUUUUUUUUUUUUUUUGCCACUUUAAAAUAUUAGAUGAAAGCUCUCCUUUGCUUUGCAGCUCUAAUGCAGCAGGGUACUAAAUACUGUUGGAUUCUUUUUUACUUAUUUCCCCUCUUUCAUCCUGCUUGUCAGUUUGUUGUUCUUAGUACUUGACCCGUCAUUUUUUCUGUUUUAUGCUUCGUGUAGAUGAAUGGACUGAUGUGGACAGGAGACGAGGUACUGUAACAUUUUUAGCCCCCUGCACAAAGAGUUUUUUUUCUCUCACUGAGAUUCCAAACUAUGCAUACACAGUAUCUUCUGGCAUGCCAUUGGAAGAUCUCUUCAGACCAGCAGCAUUAUAUUUCUGGAGCUCGGGUGACUGACAACAUUAUGUACCACAUUUAUAGCAAAUCCUGAAAGAAAUUCAUUGAACCCUCGUUGGUCAAUUCUUAUGACUUUAGUUUAAGUAACUUAUAGUAGUGUUGGCACGCUGGGCAACUGUUAGGAACCUGGGAAGCUGCCUUAUAUGGAGUCAGACUAUGGUUCUUCUAGCUCAGUAUUGUCCUCACUGACUGGCAGCGGCUCUCCAGAAUUUCAGGCAGGGGUCUCCCAGCCCUACAUAGAGAUUGGGGAUUGAACCUGGGACCUUCUGCUUGCAAGAUUGCCUGUUAUUUGACUCUGGUCACAUAUUAUCAAAUAUUUGAAGAAUACCAUUGUGAAUAUGGCAACUUGUCAUUUUUUUUUUAUUUGAUUAGGUUAUCAUUUGUUAGCAGGAGCAGGCACGAGGGUUGCUUGCUAGUGACAAACUCCACAUCAAAACACUUUCCACACUCUACCUUCUUUAACAGGCAGUUCCAAACAGGAGCAGAAGCAGUCAUUGAUGAGUAAAGUGUCAAACUAGGACUAGGAAGACGCAGAUUCAGAUCCUCACUCAGCCAAGAAAGUCAUUAGGCGAUUUUGGUUAAGUCACACAUAGGUCUGUUGUGAGAACACACUGAGGGAUGGGCAGACUGCCCUCAGUUUCUGCAGAAGAACCCAAAAUAAAUAUGUAUUAAAAAUAAAUCAUUCAUUCCCCUUUUUAAAGUAAAAGUUUUCUAAUUUUGUUGUAAUUAGUAUGAGUAUCAAAUUGGUUGAUGACUGUCUUCUUUCUUUAAUAGCAAUGCUUUGAAAAUACUUGACCAUUAUUUGACAAUAUUGGAUUAGUCAAGUGACCUUUUUUUUUAACCCAUCAACAGCCACAACCCUCAACUGCCUUCUGACUAACUGAAACAGGCAACAUACAGAGUUGAAAGAUUUUGCUAUAGCUGAACAGGAACCAAGAACAAGCCAUAAAUGCAGUAGACUGUCAAAGUGCACAUAUGUAUUAGGAUGUGCUUUUAAAACCUAUGAACUACCUACAGGCCUUCUGUGUGUUGAUUGCAGUGGUUUUAUUUUAUUUCUCUAACAAAAUUUAUAUACCGAUUGUAAAUUAAACCUCUAUGCGGAACCUCUAAUGAUAGUGAACUCCUGUAAAAACUUGACUAAUGACUAAAAUUUUGACUGACAGCAUUUUUAGUGGCAUGUUGUACAUACACACAGCUGCAUGGUGUUCCCAGCUGCUUCAACACUUCUGUAGCAGGUGUAAUUGACGAACAAUUGAAUGCUUGACUAGGGCUUUCUGCAUUUUAAAAACAGGCAGGAAUGAUCCUGAAACAUAAAAAUAAUUCACUAGCGCCUUGGAAAAAAACUUAUUGGAAAAUUCAUCUUAGGUAGUAGCUCAACUGAUUGCUGAACAUCUCUGUUGACAAAGGAGCAGCUGUACAAGCAUACUAUGAGCAGUAUGCAGGCAGAGUGUAUCCUGUGGUUCUUGCUCUCUUCCUUCCAUACUGCAGAAAUAAAUCCAGUUCUCUGCCUUGAACUAUGUCUUUUAAUCCACAACUUUCCUCAUUAAAUCCCAGAAUUUGCUGCUGCUUUAGUAUGGCAUUAUUGCAUAUCUUUAUAUUGCAUCGUGCUUUUCUGCAUCAUGCUUAAUACCUGGAAUGGGUUGAGCUGAAGAAACCACCAGGUGUGUUUUCCCCCCAAGUAAACUGUGUAACCCAACAUAACCCCCAAAUGGUACAAGAUCUCUGUUUCUAUUGCUCAGAUGCAUAGCAGUCUGCAGGUAAAUGAGGGAACGAGGGAGUCUGUGGUUUUUUAAAAUGCUGUUUAGUGGCUGAAUUUUAGCCCACCUGCAUUUGCCUGUGUGUCACAGGAGGCCAGACCAGUGGAUUUGGUAUGGAGGAAUUGUUAACCACUUAUGGCUAAUGGCUACCCUAAAUGCUGUGUAUAGCGACUGUACUAGGUAGUCUUAAUUGGUGGUGGCUUAAUAAACAAAACUGUUUAGGAGUGAAAGAGAAAAGAAAAAAAGCAAUUCCACCACAGGAUUCUGGUGUGGAUCAUAGAACAAUAGAACAAUGCAGGAUUUCUCCACUUUCAUUUACCAACCCAAAGUUUAGUCACUCAACUGGCACUAAACACCCUGUGCCACCCUGAGGGUUGAGAGGAAAACUGGCUGGUAAGCAUCCUAAUCUUCUACCACCCCUAGUGACUUAUAUUUUGGGACAGUGAUGCAAUGUACUAUCUCAUUCAGUUACACGAAUACAGUGCAAAAUGUCAGAGGUCACUAUUUGGUGUGAUCAUGUUUCUGUCCAAUUCCAAACUACUAGAGAAUUUUCCUGGCUGGGGCUGACAGAGAAGCACAGAAGCAGAACUCUGUCAAAUCUCUUUAGAAGCAUACACUGAAGGAGAGUUUACUACAGCUUUGUUAAGGAUUGCAUCGGAGCGGGUCAAGAGAGAAUUGCAUCACUAAAAGCUCUGCUUAUCCAUCCUUGUCUCUCUGUGCUUAGCAACACCUGCUGGAUACUAGAUUGAACAACUGCUGCUACUUAGCACAAGGCAGAAUGAAAAUGGGAGCUAGAAAAGACUUUGUGACUGGGCAUAGAAUCUCAGAAUUGUAGAGUUGGAAAGGACCCCAAGGGUCAUUUAGUCCAGCCCCCUUCAAUGCAGGAAUCACUGCUAAAAGUCCCAGGCAGAUGGCCCAUCCAACCUCUGUUUAAAAACUUCCAGUGAAGGCAUAGGCAACCAGGAGAGUUUGCCUUUGUCCACUUCAACCAGGGCAUGUGAGGAAGGGACAGCACUGGGCAACCGAUCAGGAUUGAAACCUUUUAAACUCAGACUUUAUUGGUAUCCACAUGAAUAUGGUUUCUGUAGCAGCUAGGACCCAUACAGGAAACUGUAUUUAAUUUUAGCUUGACUAGGAAGAUCCCAGGCACCUAAGAUCUGGUGUUGAUAAAUGGAGAAUUUUGACAUUUUGGUGAAAUAUUUUAACCCUUUCUCUGCACACAGGUACACAGUCAUUUCUAAGACUGGUUUUUACAGUGAUUCUCUCCAGUGUUCAAAACUUGGCUCAUCUACAUGGCCAAAUAUCAUUUUCUUAGCAGUAGGGAUACCUACUAUGGUACAUGAGAGAUUCUUUGUAGCCAACUCUGCUUGCACACUACUGGGUAUUGAAUGUAAAAGAAAUAACAUCUAGUGCUUGAGUAUUACUGGUGUAGUACCUCUGGCAAUAGUAACCCUGACCACUACAUCUGAAUAUUGUUUCAAUCAUUUUAUGUACUUCUCAGUAUUUGGUUGUGGUUAUCAGCCCAACUGCAAAUGAUUAAACAAUGGGGGACAGGGUGUUGUGAUUCUCUUCUACCACAAUUUACUUACCAUGGAUUCGGUAGCCUCUAUAAAAUGUUUGCAGAAGAAAAAGAAUGGAUGCAGUUUGCAAAUGCAAAAGAAGACGAAUUGUUUCAGAUUACCAUAAUCUGCUGUUCUACUCUUGGAAUUUAUUGAAUUUGGAAACAGUAGUUUCAAUGAGGGCAACCGUGUCUCAUUACUAAGAAAAGGAAACGUUUCCAGAUCCUGUAUCUUUACCAGCACUGCUGACAAAGGCUGGGAAUGGCUUCUGUGCAAGUUUCCUUGAACUGAAGGGGAUUUGGAGAGGAUCACAGCCUUGCACAGAAGACAUUUGUGGGGCAUGGUGUGUUUCAGGUGGAGAGUGGCCUUUGCAAGUCCCCCCUCAGCUAUAACUGUCUGUGUCUUCCUGUGAAACAAAAGCAAAGCCGAUCCAUUUGUGAUAAAUUUGAAUCUUUUGUCUUUUCAGUUAUGAAUGACAUCAUAGGGGGUAUAUUCAAUAAAAAGUUUAUGGACGAGCUGUUUAAGCCGCAGGAGCUCUAUUCCAGGAAGGCCCUGAGGACAGUUUUUGAGCGUCUGGUUCAUGCCUCAAUCAUGAGACUGAAUGCACCCAGUAUGGAUAAGGUGAGGAUGAACCUUUCUGUUUCCCCCAAUGUCUUAUGGGGAAUUCAGGCAACUCUCUAUCAACAAGUGCUGUCAAAUGAAACUAGUAUUCUCACACUAACAUUCAGGAAAAAUUGAGGGAUAAAGGAAAGUGAUAGCUGAAUCGAGAGAAUGGCAGCUUAGGUACACAAGGGAGCUGAAGGCGAAGAAACUGCAGUGGCAACUAGAGCAAGAUCAAGACAGGUCUAACCAAGCACAGACUCCUAUUAGAAUGGCUCACAGAAUAAAAUCCAGCCAACUGCACAAGAAGACAGCUGAUUAAUAUCUAAUAAGGCUCAGCCUGGGCUCUGUGAUUUAACUAAUUCCAGUUUCCUUACUUUGUAGCUCUACGAUCUAAUGACCAUGGCAUUCAAGUACCAAGUUCUACUCUGCCCUCGGCCCAAAGACAUUUUACUCAUCACUUUCAACCACCUGGAUGCUAUCAAAGAUUUCAUUUAUGAAGCACCCAAAACUCUGGCCCAGGUUGAUGCAACCUUUAGGAAACUCAUUGAUGUAAGAGCACACCAUACCUUUUAGAUUCCAUUCAAAUGUAUGUACAACUAUGGGGGGAAAUGAUACGAAGGCAAAACAUAUUGGAGCAUGUCUUCAUUGGUUUUCUACUGUGUAGUGUGCUCUCCCUUCAAGCUGCUGCACUGUAAGUCUGGAGAUUUCACCAGUGAAAGCAGAAAUAAGACAACUGAGUAAAAUACAAUGCAAGCAUGUCUCGUUACCAGGGUUAUAUCAGUGUUGCAGUACUGAUAUUAAUAAUAUUCAAAAAGUAACAAAAGUUUUGAAAUGGAUUCGUGAUUUCAUAAAGGAAGCAUGUUUUACUGGGGGUUAGAUUUCUAUUUAAGUUUACUUGAAUCUGGGAGACCUGGUUUAAAAUCCCAGCAGCAACUAAAUAACCACUGGGGUGUCCUCAGGGCAAGUUGCUCUUUCUCAGUUGCCUGUCACCAAAAUGGAAAUAAUUUUCUGCCCACAGCUAUGAGGAUGCACUUAAACAUCCAUGUGAAUCAUACACUUGAAUAAUGCUAAAGCAGCAGGAAGGAUUUAUUCUGAUUUUCUUCCGCAGACAUACGGCUCUCUCUCUGCUGGCGAACUUCAGCUCAUCCGGCAGACAUUGCUCAUCUUCUUCCAGGACAUACACAUCAGGGUGGGUGGCUUUUUCAUUUUUACACAUCAGGAGCUUGUGAUAGAAGAGCAAGGAUCCCUAGGUGAAGUUGCAUGAUGUGAUACAGGAAUAAGGAGGUCUUGGGCAGAAAUUCUUUCUAAGCAAGACCACUUUACAAAGUUUUGUGCUUCCUCCACAGGUUUCCAUCCUCCUCAAAGAUAAAGUACAGAACUCAAAUGGGCAUUUUGUACUGCCAACCUCUGGUCCAGUUCCUUGGGGAACAGAGGUUCCAGGGCUCAUCAGGUGAAUCUUAGACCUCUCUACCUUGCACCCUGCUUUUUCCAUGUAACCACUAGAUAGAUGAGCUGCACCUAGUUAACCAUCUAUCCCAAUCUUGAGGAGAAUUCCUAGUGCCAGGCUGCAUGGGUCAUCUGACUGAGACAAACCUGCUGAGAGUAAAGAGUGUAUGUGCACUACCUUAGGCCAGCAAAUUGCCCUUUAUUAACUCUCCCAUCUGUUCUGUGAGAUAGAGGGUUAUUUUUCCUUGUUCACAAAAGCACUAGAAGUCACUACAGUGCUUCAAUUUUGCAAUUUUCAGACUUUUCAACAGUAAAGGGGAUGAAAUUAAGAGGACUGAGUUCGUCAGUGGUGGAAAUUACCAGCUUCCAUAUCGAGAAGGCUCAUUCGACCUCUAUGGAGACAGAGUAAUCAAAUUGGGAACAAACAUGUAAGCCAUGGAAUGCAAAGCCACAUUUCAGUUGGGGGCUCUCUGCAGUUUUCCUUUGUGUCUACUAUAAGCCUUUACCAAUUGCCUCUAGAUACAGCAUCAGUCGGCCUGUAGAGACAGACAUGUCGGGGGCAGCCAAAAAUUUGGCAUCUCGUGUAAAGGUCAGUAUCUUUAGUCUACCUUCCUAAUCAACCUUUCCCAACUUGGUGCCUCCAGAUGUUCUUGGAUUACAGUUCCCAACAGCUGCAAACAGCCAGUGAUUAGGGGCUGUGAGAUUUGUAGUCCAAAAUAUCUGGAGGAUGCCAUGUUGGAGAGGGCUGCUCUUAAGUAGUGCUGUUCAGAAAACCACUUUGCUACCUAAAUGUUUUCUGUUUCAGAUUAGGAUCCUGUAUCCUUUAGUAAUAUAAUCAGUCCUUCUCUCUAGAUGCCAUUUUGCUCAGACAGAGCAUCCUUAAUCAUAUCUUUUCAACUUGGAGUUUGUUUUUUUCUGGUCUUCUCUUUUGAUCAGUUUCUUUUCUUUUGAUCUGUUGCUGAAUGCAACUUCUAUAAGCCAGUGUUGGUUUUUUCUUAAGAGCAUUGAGGGCUGAGAGACUAUUGGGGACAGAGAGUACUUUGAGCCAAGGCCACACAUAAACAUCUCAUCCCAGUGAUCUCCAGAGCGAGAGAGAGAGAGAUUUAGAUGUCCACUUAAUUAUGAGUUUCACACCAAAAUAACUCCCAGUAAUUCAUAUUCUGUAAGUUGCAUGUUGCUGCCAUUAAUUCUGUGGAGAUAACUGAUAACCUCUGGAGCAAUGAGCUGGCUUUAUAGAUUAUUCUAGACGUUUUUUAUGAUAUGUGCAUAAGUUGUAUCCAAUGCUAAUCAUACUCAAAGAAGGCUCAUUGAAAUCAACAAUCAUGCCUAUCUCAGGCACAUUAAUUUCCAUGCCAGAACAUACUCUGCUACAACCAUAUACAGUAUGCUCUUUUAUGUCCCAAUUUCAAAAAUGUCAGUUGCAAAGCUGCUUUCAACCAAGAUGCCAGAGCCCCAGCAGACCGCUUUGUUGCAGCCUUUAUAGUGCUAGGAGGCCACAACCCUUGUGAACAAAGCUCUUCCAAUACUGCCACUGGUUGCCUCUCCGUGUAACAGACCCACUCUUGUUCCAUGUAGGAGAAUACUGCUCCAAACCCUCUCGCAAAAGAAGAGCUGAACUUCUUGGCCAGACUCAUGGGAAGCCUGGACAUCAAGAAGCCCCUUGUCAACGAGGCUGGUUUCCGGCUGAAUCUCUUCACCACAGAUGAGGAGGAAGAGUAUGAUUAGUCUCACUUGCUUUAUUGGUGGUGUGGGUGAGAGCUGGCCAUUCAGCCAUCUAGUUGAAUCAAUCCGUGGGUGAGAGGCACGUACUGAAGCCCUUGCAUGACACCCCCCCUUCCUUUUGGGAACCUUUGCUGCAGAACCUUCUUUAAUUAGUACCAUUAUUGCAGAAAAGGCUCAUCAGAUGCAGCAACGGGGAGCAAUUGUCAGGGAAUUGCUAUUCAUUAAAAAUUCAAACAAGUGAGAUAUGUGAAAAGCUGCUAGAGGCAUUACAGCUUACCAAACAGAUUGCAUUUGUAGCAUUCUGUCUGCAAAUGAAUAGCAUUUAAUCAUGGCUGGUUUAGUUGAGAUUCCUUCAUCACAGGGGGUUGGACUAGAUGACUCUCAUCUCACCUUCCAACUCUACAAUUCUGUGACAGCUCUUUAUUAUUUUCCUCAAGACAUGCUGCACUGACCCGCCCAGAGGAAUUAUUGUAUCAAGUUAUCAACAUACAAGCAGACAAGGUAUGUAGUCAUUGCCCCCUAGCCUCUCAUUUCGAGAGUAAGCUGAAUAGUUUUCAAACUAAAGGAAUGUGCAUUUGGUGAAGUGUAUUGUUAUUGAUGUUUGCUGCUAUGUUACUUCCAGAAAAUAACAAAAUAGGUAAGGAACUUGGGGAGGGGUAAUUUUAGUUGGGCAUGCAAGCAUUUGAGUUUCACAGAACUCUUGACUGCACGGCAGAAUCUCUCUUCUGCCUGAUCAGCCUGCAUAAAAGAUGAAAAGAAGAUAACACAUGGGGAGUGUGGGGGAGAGAAGCCACCACAUUCUGUGAACAUAAUUGAGAAAAACCUUGCUGAAUCUGAACAUGAGCCUCUCUAUACUAGCAUACUGUUUCGAACAGUGUCUGGUCAGAACCUGGCAGAACAAAAGCACUCCAGUGAUAUUUGUUCCCUGCAUCUUAGAUGGUGUGCUGCCUUUGAAAACAGAAGUUCCAUAGAGCCAGUGAUAACUUGCGCUUUUUGAUGAAUUUGUCUAGUUUCCUUCUUUUUGCUUUUAAUAUUUAUUACUGAUAAUCAUAAAAACUGUCUAGUCCCCUUGAAGCCAACUUGACCAGUAGCCAUUGCCACAUCUUGUGGGUAGUGAGUUUCAUAUCUGGUGUGUGUUAUGUAUUUGGAGCUUGGUGUUUGCGAACCAAGAAUGCUUUUUGCUGCUCUCACAGCAGUCAAAGCUCCUUUUGAUUUUCAGAGGAACAUUUUGAUGCUCUUAAAAUCAAAACUAUGGUGUUUUGUUGCUUCUGGCAACUGAGGUUAAAUUGAUUUUUUAAAGCUGGUUACUGAAAAUAAAGUAUUGAAUUGUCAAAUUUAUGAUUUAUGUUCUCCCAUAAGUAGAACCAAUUGGACUCUUUUAAAUAGGACCCUCAACGGAAUGAGGAGCUGGCUCGCAUCAUGGGAGAGUUCGAGGUCGCAGAAGAACCAAAGGAGAGGAUCAGCAAGGGUGCUGACUUGUUGGCAAUGAUGGAUGAGCUGGAUGCUGAGCAUGAAUGCAAGUCUCUCCCAUCUUGAGGAGGAGAGCACCUGGCUGUCAGCCUCCUGUAGAACAGAGCAAUUACCAAGGUCAUCCAUUUUUGUUGGGUCACUAAGGCUGGAUGUUGCUUAGAUGUGUUUGACCAAUUCUGUCUCUGGCUUUGGUGAAAUGGGGUCAUGGUCAAAUAGCAGCUUCAUCCCUGUGCUAAUAAGGACCUAGAUUGUGCCUCCCAGAGUUAGAAGCUGGAGCAUCUGGAAAGAAAGUGGGCAUUUAUGUCCUGUGUGCAUACACAGAUUCCCUCUAUAGGCUUCCUAAUUAAAGGUCCAAACUGUGUUAUAUCACUAGUUAAGUUUGUGAGUGUGUUAUAACAUGAGCAGAAAGACCAGUUCCUUCAUUUUGUUUAUGGGGACCAAGUUUUUAAUGGUGUUGCAACCAAGGUAUUUUUAGUUGCAGCAAUAAAGACCAGAAACAAGA